GGCACACUCAACUCCGCGCCCAGUCAGUCAUCUGCAGGCCUCAUGCUCCCUCGUCUUCCUUUUCCUCUUCUUCCCUCUUCCUUCCUCCCCUCCCACCACCAGCAACUCCUCCGUUCCAUAAAUAUCUCGAGGACCUGCUCUCGCACUUGACCCAUCACUGUCACUAUCACUCUUGUUCCCCACCAUCCCUGUUGCUUCCCUUUUUUUUUUUUGCUCCCUUCCCUACCCUUUCCCGGAAUCAUUCGUUUUCACUCCCUCAGUUCGUCCCAAAUUAACUCGACAGUCGUGGGAUCGUGCAUGGUCGCAACCCACGGGCUUUCCAUCUAGCCUUCUGCUUCAGGCAUCUCUGUGCGUGGAAGUUGAUGUCUCCAACCAGGACGACUCGAGCCAUGUCGGAUCUUGCCGCUCGCAUCAAGCAGUACGGCUUGACCCAGGUCUACUGUAGCCCCGAAAAGCCGCUCGUUGACAUUGUCUUCGUCCACGGUCUUAAUGGUGACCCGUAUCAUACCUGGACCUCCAAGAACACCGGCACCUUCUGGCCUGCUGAGCUCCUGCCCGAAGUCCUAGCCGAGAGCCGUGUGAGAAUCUUGACCUAUGGUUAUAAUGCCAACGUCACGGCCUUCACCGACGGUGCCUCCAAGGACCGGGUCCACAACCAUGCCGAGACCCUGGCUUCGGGGCUGGCCGCGAACCGCAAUCUCCGCGGAUGUCCUGAUCGUCCCAUUAUCUUCGUUUGCCACUCGCUGGGUGGUCUGGUCGUGAAGAGAACACUGAUAUACUGUCGCAAUGUAUCGAAUGAGAAGAUCGAGCAUCUUCGCUCGGUUUAUGUCUCCACGUACGGUAUUCUGUUCCUGGGUACCCCUCACAACGGAUCCGAUGUCGCAAAAUGGGGCCUUCUCUUGCAGAAUAUCUGCAGUGCUGUCAUGCCGAAGAAGUUCAUGGAGUCAUCGCCUCAGCUCGUCAAGACCCUGAAGACCAAUAACGAGACCUUGCAGAAUAUCAACAGUCUCUUCGCCGACAUAACUAGUCGGUUUCAUAUCUAUUUCUUUCACGAGACGUUGUCAAGUGACAUCAAGGGAACUCGGGAGUUGAUCGUCGAUGAGAGCUCCGCCGCGCCGUACAUGGAAGGAGUCGAACGCAUGGGUAUCGAAGCCGACCACAGCCACAUGUGCAAGUUCGAUGACGACAAUUCUCCGGGAUACGAGGCCGUUGCCGAGGCCCUGUUGCGAUAUUCGCGUGACGCUCCCAAUACUAUCUAUGAUCGUUGGGUUGAAGAAGAGAAGACUCGACGUGUGCAGAAGCAGACCAAAGUGAGAGAACUUUUCAGCCACGAACGGGUUGAGACCGAAACGAUUGGAAGAAGCGUGCCAGACCUUCGCACAAUCGGUAGGAAACACCUCCUCCCUGACCCUGCAUCUUCUAUCACUUUGAACGAUUACGAGGUUGAGGAGGCCCCCGAAAGGAGGUCGCUUGUAACAAAUCUCGGUGAAAGCACAACCCUCGCAAUGUCUCGUUCUCUUUUUCUUGCCGAUCCGCUGUUCGUGGAGCUAGACAUUCUGCACUCCAGGGUCUUUAGGGCAAAGAAAAGAGCGGAGCGGCUCAUGGCGGUGCUUAUCUGCGGAGGCCCUGGGUCUGGAAAAUCACAUCUCGCACGGCAGUAUGUCUGGACCCAUCGUGAUUCCUACCCCGGUGGAAUCUUUUGGGUCGAUGCCAAAUCCCGGCAAUCCACCUUCAAAUGCUUCUGGGACAUUGCCCAGGCCGCCACAUUGACCGACGGGCAAGAAUUUGAAGUCCCAGAUACAAAUACGUCCCAGAAGUAUGUGGAAGCGGUGCGGAAUUGGAUGCAAAAUCGGGAAGAAUGGCUGCUAGUGUUCGAUGGCAUCAGUUUCGCUCACGAGAACGACCUCAACCACUUCAAGCAGUUUCUUCCUUUCAACAAGAAGUGCAGUAUUGUCUACACGUCCGUUGACAAAACGCUCAGAAAAAAGCAGCGCCUCUAUGAGCCGUACUGCCUCAAAGUACGACCUCUCGAGGUUAAAGACGCUUGCAGGUUGUUGUUCGAGGACCUCGGUAUCAGGAAGCCCACGAAGGCACAAAUUUUCAAGGGGACUGAGCUCGUCACCCAUUAUGAGUGCCUCCCCCUCGCCAUCCACGCCAUUAGUCACCGGCUCAGCGCAACGUCCAAGCCGAUGGAAAAAUACCACAUCGAUUCGCACCUCACCGACGAGAAGCUUGCUGAGCCUUUUCUCAGCAUCAUGCACGACCUCUACCAGACUGAACAAUUUGAGGCUUUAAAUUUGAUUAAUCUGGUAUCAUUCUUCAGCCACCAUGUUCCCGUUGGUCUCAUAAAGCUGGGGAUGGCCGCUCUGCACGAGUGGAACGUCAAUGUCCUCGCUAGCAGCAGGCGUGGUGAACCAGGUGACAUGGACAGCACUCUCGGGAUCCUUAUCCGAUAUGGACUGGUUGAGAGAGUAUCCGACUCGUAUGCACUUCAAGGACGGACUCUAUCCCCACAGGUGGAAAAAGAAAAUGUUUUGGAUGUCAAAUUGGUGGUCCCGGACCUGUCCGAGUCUCAAACGGAGGGUAGCCAAGACACCUUUUUCUCAGUGUAUCAGAACUCCGGGACCAUUGAUGUGAUCAAAAUUCAUAGUGUUGUCCAAGGCUUCUGCCGCGACGAACUCAAGAUUCACGACGAAGAGGAGAGGAGUAAGCAGCGCUUGAGUUCGGAUUCAUGCAGCGCAGACGCCGGUUUCUAUGAUUCAUGGUUAAUCGUCGCUAGCCAUGUAUUGUGCACUUCGUAUGGAAGCGCCAGGUCUCGCAUGGAACGCAGUGAUGACUGUGGGUUGGUCAAAGACCUUCGGGAAUAUGAAACCCACGCAUCAAGGAUCUUUGACUACUUUCCUAAACGAUCCCCAGGAGAGCCAGUAUUCCUAAAGGAAGCCCGUGAUGACAUCAGACAAGUCUUGAAAGACAUCGCUCAUGAAAUCGACCGGAUCUCGCCAAACUCUUCGCAGGAAUCAAUCCGCAGACAGAGAUCCGUCUUUGACCGAUCCAGCAGCUCCUCUUCCUCUAUUCCUGAAUCAACGACAGAGGAGGGAGCUCCGCGCUGGGAAUGGAGCGAUAUGGCAACCCCCCCUGUGGAGUCACCGCAGGAGAUGCCUACGCAAAGACAGCGAGUCAAUCUAAAGCCGUUCUUGCCGCACAUCUUCAGAGAGUCUAGUCUGGACAAAGACGCAGGAUAUGAAACUGAUAGAGAGAGUUCUCAAGUUGUGGUCCGUUCAUCACCGGCACUGUCGCAAUUGAGCCAGGCAACGGAAAGACCUAAAUCUUCACAGGCCUCCGGUUCCUCGCCGCCGAUGGAUGACCGAGGCUGGCAUCUGGUGAAGAAACAGUCGAAACCCAAGUUAAAUAAAGAGGAAAGUACAAGGCGCCGACCGAGAUUCCCUCGAAACAUUCGAAGCUCACAACUGGCUGCCCCAAUUUUGAAAAUUUUCCCCGUCGAAGGGAGGAGUGCGUCAAGCAGUACGCUGGGGAAAAGCCGUCGAAGCUCUCUCGCCUCGGCCUCGGAUGCCCUUACUGCUGUACAGCAUUCAAGCCCACCGCCAUAUUCUCGGAGACAAUUGGCUCAUCGACCGUCAAUCGAUCAGGAAAACGCGCCGACGUAUGCCACAGUCGCAGCUCGACAGAAUCUGGGCGAAGAAUGGUCGACAAACCAGCGAUCAUCAUCGAAUCCCGGAGGAAAGAGCAGGCCCACUCUACUCCAGUUGCAGAACAGAUCUUCUGGGGAAUCACUGCACAGCCGGGUCAGCAACGCAGUCGCAUCGCCGCUAUCCGCCGAGUUCAAGCCCAAUACGAUGACGCAGUCCACAUAUAGCGAGCCGGAUAACGGACGCCUCCAGCAGCAAUUGAAUGCUCUCGACUUGGGAAUAACGCCGGAGGCCCCAUACCGCACCCGUCACUUGUCAACGGCGAGGCCUAUAGCACCUCCGGUAGCAGACAUGUCUGCAAGUGAGCCAUCAAUCGUGUAUCUCCCGCCGCCCCCUCCGCUUCCGUAUGAAAAGAACAUUGAGAUUUCAUCAUCGCGGCGGGUCAGCGCAGCCCAGGCUGGCCCCAUCGGUCCCUCAGUGGCCAAACCGGUGAAGGUAUCUCACCCUUCUGCAUUCAUGCCGGGAAUCUCACCUCCAGGCCCAAUGAUGAUGGAUCCGACGGCCGGGUAUACAUCUGAGCCCGCGCCCGAGAUGGCACGCAACAUCUCAGGGCAAUCGCAACAUGGUGUGCCUAAGGUUUUAGCGGCACAGCACGCUGUUUCCGGUACUGGAGGCUGGCUGGGAGAAGUCUCGCCGCCGCAAGGACCGUCACGCCCGAUGACCAGCGCCCGUCAGCCCGAGAUUUCCUACGCGGGACCGACUCAGAUGAGACAGAUUCAUCCGCUUGAGGGCCAGCUCGCUGCCGUCGACCCGGUCUGGGCAGCCGAGCUACCAACGUUGCACUUUGGGGCCCAUCGCGUGGAUGUGGGUGAUGCGAGACAGCGGGUGGGAGCAGUUCCGGUGCAAUAUCCCGCCGCCUUUCUGCCGCCAACUGUUGGAUAUCCGAUGUAUCAUCCCAAUCUGAGCGGACCGCUCAUCCCGCAUGAGGUCACAGUCACCAUGCCAGAUGCACAUGGGCUGCGAGUCCGGAGUGGGAGCUCGCCUCCUCGUCCCAACUUCACCACUAGCUUUAACGCCAGCGGGGGGGCGGGGCUGUUCUGAUGAGAAACUCAACGCAAGACAUGAACAAUAGUAAGAGAAAAGAAACGAGAGAGAAAAAAAAAAACUGAAAAACAGGUGAGAGAAACAAGUCGCCAAAGUGAGGAAUAAAGACGACAAUAGAGAGAACAUAAUGAGUAAAUGACAUGCACGAAAGGGAUUGGAGUUUUUGUCGUUUCUUGAGAUCUUGCAUUUUUGCGGCGCAUGAGAUGAAGAGGAGUUAAUUAAAGCAUUUGGGUGGUCAUAAAAAGGAAACAUAAUACAGUGGGGGGAGCAUGGCAGAGGUGGCGUCACCUUGGUGUUUAACAGGCAACGCGUCUCGGGUAGAACAUGAGUCUGAACUUCAGUUUGUCAUUUCUUUCUGGCCUUUUCCCCCCAAUUUUCUUCUUCCUGGUGAGCAUUUUGAAGCAUCUCGAUAGGGCUCUGGAUGGACCCCGCCCGCCGAGAGAAACGAGCGACUCAGCAGGCGGGGCCCGGAUGGUGGACGUGGAGAAACA